GAAGUAAGGGUGAGAGGAGGCUGCAACGCCGAGCGGAGGAGGCAGGAACCGGAGCGCGAGCAGAAGCUGGGUGGGCACCGUGGCUGGGAUCACCAACAUCCAGGCGGUGAAGCCCAAGAUCCAGGUUCUGCAGCAGCAGGCAGAUGAUGCAGAGGAGCGAGCUGAGCGCCUCCAACGAUAAGUUGAGGGAGAAAGGCGGGCCCAGGAACAGGCUGAGGCUGAGGUGGCCUCCAGCUGGUUGAAGAGGAGCUGGACCGUGCUCAGGAGCGCCUGGCCACAGCCCUGCAAAAACUGGAAGAAGCAGAAAAAGCUGUUGAUGAGAGUGAGAGAUGUAUGAAGGUUAUUGAAAACCGGGCCUUAAAAGAUGAAGAAAAGAUGAAACUCCAGGAAAUCCAACUCAAAGAAGCUAAGCACAUUGCAGAAGAGGCAGAUAGGAAGUAUGAAGAGGUGGCUCGUAAGUUGGUGAUCAUUGAAGGAGACUUGGAAUGCACAGAGGAACAAGCUGAGCUGGCAGAGUCCCGUUGCCGAGAGAUGGAUGAGCAGAUUAGACUGAUGGACCAGAACCUGAAGUGUCUGAGUGCUGCUGAAGAAAAGUACUCUCAAAAAGAAGACAAAUAUGAGGAAGAGAUCAAGAUUCUUACUGAUAAACUCAAGGAGGCAGAGACCCGUACUGAGUUUGCUGAGAGAUCGGUAGCCAAGCUGGAAAAGACAAUUGAUGACUUGGAAGAUAAACUGAAAUGCACCAAAGAGGAGCAACUUUGGAUGCUGGACACAAAGGAUGCUGGACCAGACUCUGCUUGACCUGAAUGAGAUGCUGAAUGCCCCAGUCCCACCCUGCUGCUGCUCCUCCCUCUGACCCAGACUCCGCCUGAGGCCAGCUUGCUGGAAGCUGACCUUUAACUGAGAGCUGAUCUUUAACUGGAAGGCUGCUUUCUCCUUUCGCCGCCCCCUCCUUCCCUGUGUCAUUUUCCGCCAAAUUGUCUCUGCCUUUUUUUCGGACAUUCUAGCUGGGCUAGAGGCUGAGCACCUUCGGAAACAACAUUUAAGGGAAUGUGAGCACAAUGCAUAGUGUCUUUAAAACGCAUGUUGUGAUGUACACAUUUUGUAAUUACCUUUUUGUUGCUUUGUAGCAAACAUUUGUAGAACAUUCAAAAUAAUUCCACAGCCCUGAAGCAGCAAUCGAAUCCCUUUCUCACUUUUGGAAGGUGACUUUUCACCUUAGUGCAUAUUCCCCUCUCCAUAGAGGAGAGGAAAAGGUAUAGGCCUGCCUCACUGAGAGCCAAACAGAGCCCAGGGAGACCCCACUAUGGGAAACUUCAUUGCUCUGUACAAAGUACUAGCUAAACCAGAAAGGUGAUUCCAGGAGGAGCUGGCCAAACAAUAAAAACAAAAAAUGUGCUGUUCAAGUUUUCAGCUUUAAGAUAUCUUUGGAUAAUGUUAUUUCUAUUUUUAUUUUUUUUCAUUAGAAGUGACCAAAUUAAGAUGGUAAGACCUCUGAGAUCAAAAUUUUGCCCCAUCUCUACCCCCUCCCAACUGCUUAACAGAAUGGAUCAUGUCCCCCUUAUGUUGAGGUGACCACUUAAUUGCUUUCCUGCCUCCUUGAAAGAAA